GGGACCAGCAGGAGUGGAGACCUGGAGGGUGCUUUGUUAGUCAUGGUGGUCCCUACAAGAAACCUGUUCGUAAUUUCUACUACUGGAUCCAUCCUCUCUCUCUCUCUCUCUCUCUCACGAAUUGAUUGGAACUGAGCACACCAGGUUAGGUUCACAAUCACAAUAAUACAUCUCUCUCUCUCUCUCUCUCUCUCUCUCCUCCGGGGACAUUGGAAAGACCAGGCUGUUCGAAUGGUUCCUCCUGAACGUCCAGAAGAGUCCAUGGCUUCCGAAUCCGAGAAGCGCCCCAUUUCCACCAUCGUCAUCCUGAUCGCUAUGCAGACUGAAGCGCUUCCUCUCGUGAACAAGUUCCAGCUUAAGGAGGACCAAGAUUCCGUGUUCCCUACGGAAGUUCCUUGGGUUCGGUAUCGUGGAACUUACAAAGACCUUAAUAUUAACAUAAUUUGGCCCGGAAAAGAUACAGCUUUGGGAGUUGAUAGUGUAGGCACAGUGUCUGCGUCCCUUGUGACCUAUGCUUCCAUCCAAGCAUUACAGCCAGACCUUAUCAUAAAUGCUGGCACAGCUGGUGGCUUUAAGGCCAAAGGAGCUGCUAUUAGUGAUAUAUUCCUUGCUUCAGAAGUUGCUUUCCAUGAUAGAAGGAUACCUAUCCCUAUUCUUGAUCUGUAUGGAGUUGGUUUGCGGCAGGCUUUCUCAACACCCAACCUCUCGAAGAGGCUUAGCCUAAAGGUUGGCAAAUUGUCUACUGGAGACUCUUUAGAUAUGUCUUCGCAGGAUGAGGCAUCAAUCAUUGCAAAUGAUGCUACAAUUAAAGACAUGGAGGGAGCAGCUGUAGCUUAUGUAGCUGAUCUUUUGAAAGUCCCUGCAAUAUUUGUCAAAGCGGUCACUGAUAUUGUGGAUGGUGACAAACCAACCGCUGAGGAAUUUUUGCAGAAUCUAGCAGCAGUUACUGUUGCACUUGAACAAGCAGUCACUGAAGUAGUUGAUUUCAUCAAUGGGAAGUGCCUCUCCGAACUUUGAUGCAUUUGACUGGAGUUGCAUUUUUCAAUACAACACAUUUUUUGACUAUUUUCGACGAGCAUACAUGUUUUUCACAUGAUCAGCCUAAUGGUUUGUGACAGCUACGAAUUUGUCUACAGAAUAACAUUGGCAGUAACCAACAGUAAGGAUUUGAGUCAUCGUUGAGGAAAUCUGUUUGAUUCUUCAUUAUAUGGUUGUUAAUGACUAACUGGAACCAAGAUAUGCUAUCUUUGGUUUGACAGUGAUCAAUGCGAAGAUGCAUUUAAAUA